UUGGGAGGGCCAUUUUGGGAUGUGGCACUAGGGAGGAGGGACUCGAGAACGGCUAGCAAGGAUGAUGCAAACACACAGCUAGCAUCCCCUUUUGAUGAUCUCCCAGUUCUAAUCUCCAACUUCCAAUCACACGGGCUAAGCGUGCGAGACCUCGUCGCAUUACUAGGCGCCCACACCAUCGGAUUCUCGAGGUGCUUGUUCUUUAGAGAUCGCAUCUUCAACGAAUCCAACAUCCAUCCACUCUAUGCCGCAUUCCGACAGAGAUCAUGCCCACAAUCCGGAGGGGACGACAGCCUUGCGGCCCUCGACACCCUAUCAUCCAAUCGAUUUGAUAACAGCUUCUUUGGUGAAUUAGUAAAUAACAGGGGUCUACUUCACUCAGACCAAGAGCUCUUCAAUGGUAGUCGAGGUCCAACCGAUUCGUUGGUGUGGCAAUAUAGCAGGGAUUGGAGAGCGUUCUUUUCGGAUUUUUCAGACUCGAUGAUGAGGUUGGGGAAUUUGGGGGUUCUCACUGGCUCCCAAGGCGAGGUUCGUGUGAACUGUCGGAAACCAAACUGAGGGAUCAAGAACGUUGUGAAGCUUAAAGUGUUGUUCAGUAACCCAUUUGAUCUUUGCACUGCUAUGGCUUAGAGAAAUUGCGGGUGUGUGAAUGUGUUUGCAUUUUAGAGAUACAUUGUUUGUGUGCGUGUUUUAUUGCUGCCUAUUAUGUGGUGUCAUGUAUUUACAAGUGUUUUUGGAUCAUUCUUGUUUAGGAUGAUUUGCAGCUAACAGGAAAUUGAAACAAGUCAUGUUCAAGAUU